UAUGAGGCUUGGAGAGAUUGACUGACAUGACCAAGGUCAUCGGGCGCCCAGGCUCUCGAUUCCUUAAUUGGGGAGAAAGGCUCUUGGGGGAAGGCUUUGCCCGGUCCCGGACGACUGCUCUCCAGUCAACGUCCUUUGUCCAGAAAGGUGGCGGGAAGCUGAGGCAGAACACAGGAUCCCAGCACGGCCGUUUAUUAACCGUGCAACCUCGGACAGCCCGGGAAAUGUCCCUCCAAUCCAGCUCCGUCCGCUGUAGGGAUGAUCGGCCGGUGGCCGGCAGACGAAGAGGAACGGCCGGCUCGCACGCCCCCCGACGAACAGAAUCUCACCGGCGCCGCCUGGAGCGGAAGGGGCCAGAGAGGCCUUCUCUGGGCAGAGGCCUCUCUCCUGCGCCUGCAGCGUCUGAGCACCCGCGCGUCACCGGGGAGUAAAGGCUGGGCCCCCGGAGUGAAGAACAGACGGAGAGUUCCUUCUGUACCGAGUGCCAGCCCUGCUAGUUUUCCUCCCUGUUGGCUGAGCGAUGCGGGCACACCUGGCCCCUGCCCUCCGGCUCCCGCACGUCGCCCCGUGCCCACGAUCACCACUGUGACAGCACUGGCCCCAGGUUCAGAGCGUUUGCCCAGCUCCUGUGGGAAGCCCAGCAGAGCCCAGAGGCAGAGGAAAAGCAAGUCCAGCCAUCCCACCAUGCUCCCUGCCAUAGCCCAGCACCUCUCAGAUGCUAAGUGCAUGCAAGUCACCAGGCAUCUGGGUCAAAUGCAGGUUCUCACUAUGCAGGUGGCAUCUGCCAUUUUCUGCCUCACCAGCUCCAGGAGCCAGUGGUUUCUGCCGGGACACCACGAGGGCACGGCCAGGCCCUGCUGCAGGGAAGCUGAGCAGAGGAGCCCAAGGGGCGGCCAGGGGGACACAUCCAAGUGGCACUCAGCUUCCAGCUGCUGUCGCUUCACCGCCUGGCCAUCGGGCAAAAUUCAGCCUCUGCAUGGGGUUAACUGGGCCCCCAGAAGGUGGAUUCUCAAUGUGUAACACUCACAGUUGUUGAAUCUAUGGAUAUUUGUUGAAUGUAAUUAUUUGCUUUGCCUGAAAGGAUUUUAUAGUUUGUAUUAUAAAAAUAACUGAUUCCAAGAAAAUAAAGCUCAAUAACAUUGAAAGAAAAAACAGCAGUGAGACAUGAGGAACGGCCUAGAGAUUGGCAGGGCUCGUCGGACUCCUCAGCAGCUGCCUGGCCCACCCAGACCUCCUGGAUUACAGUCCACCAGUGUUUUCCCCAGAGACAAGCUUCUGGACGGUUCCACCAAAGGGCACCAACUAACAUGACUACUUGCCUUGAGGUUAGUGUGCGGGCGCCAGACUCUUCCAGAGCUGGAAUCCCAGCACCGCGCUCAUGAGCUGUGAGGCCUGGCAAGCUGUGUAACCUCCCUCAGCCUCAGGACCCUCAUCUGGAAAUAGAGCUCCUGCUGGGGAAACGAAAGGUUAAGUGAGGAUGAUGCGUGAAAGACGAUUAGCGUGCUAAUUGAAAUCUAGUUUUAUUGUCGUUAUGGUUGUUUCUCUUGCUGCUGUGGUUGUUGGUAGGUGUCUCGUGUCUCAGUUUCAUUCUCCCAGAAACAGACUCUGAGGCCAGGAGGCAGUGCAGAGGUCGGUUUGUGGGAAAGGAAGGCCCCCAGGACACACCAGCAGGGAGCUAGGAAAAUGAAACAAGGAAGGGAAGGUAGCCCAAAAAGUGUAUGUGGACAAACCCAUUACCACUGUGGGCAACUGCCCCCAAGUCCUGCUCGGGGCUCUGGAGCCAACGCAGCCCACACACCUCAGAGCCCACACACCUCAGAGCCCGUGUGCCUUAGAGCUUACACACCUCAGAGCUUACACACCUCAGAGCCUAUGCAUUCUCAGAGCUUCUACACCUCAGAGUCCACACACCACAGAGCCCACAUACCUCAGAGCCCACAUGCUUCAGAGCUUACACACCUCAGAGCCUACACACCUCAGAGCUUACACACCUCAGAGCCCACACACCACAGAGCCCACAUACCUCAGAGCUUUCACACCUCAGAGCUUACAUACCUCAGAGCCUAUGCAUUCUCAGAGUUUAUACACCACAGAGCCCACACACCUCAGAGCCCACACACCUCAGAGCCCACACACCACAGAGCCCACACACCUCAGAGCUUCCACACCUCAGAGCCCAUGCAUUCUUAGAGUCCACGUGCCUCAGAGCUAUCCACCCUACCCCUGAUCCCUAAGAACAUGGGAGCUAUAGCAUUGAUAUACCAACUCUAGUCGUUCAUUGGCUGAGGGCUGUCAGCAGAGGCUGUUCACCUCCUGGCCCUCUGGCCUGCACGGGGUUAAGAGGAGUGAGCCUCUACAGCCACAGAAAUGCUGGUGCCAGCGUUUCAGAGAUUAAGUGGUGACACCUGAAGUCCUAUGGGUGAGGAGAUGUGGACAGGCCACCAAUGGCGUCUGCCAGAGCUCAUGUUUCUCUUUUAUGUGGAUGCGAAAUCUGCAUUUGAUUCCAUGAUAUGUCCAUGUUUGUUUUAAUAUAAAAAUAUGUUGGAAAAAUAAGUAGAUGAUCAAUAGAUAUAGAUAGACAGACAGACAUUGGGCCUUAAGAAUUGAGUA